AUGUCAAGUGAUGAAUUAGAAUAUCUUCAAAAAAGUAUCGGCCAAUUUGUUUCUGUGAAUUCAUUUCUUUCUACUAGUAAUCAACGAGAAAUAGCUGACUUCUAUAUGGGUGAUAGAACUCAACAGAUCAAUUUCGAACGAGUUCUUUUCGAGAUCGUUGCUGAUCCUAAAGUAGUCACGACGAAACCAUUUGCUGACAUCAGCAUGCUUAGCCACUUUGCUGAUGAGUCAGAGGUACUCUUUAUGCUUGGUUCUAUUUUUCGUCUUCAUUCUAUUAUUCGUGAUGACGAUCAAGUCUGGAUCAUUGAAAUGUCUUUAUGUGGUGAUGACGAACACAUUCCUCGUUGUCGUCCCAAGUGGAAACAAAAUGCAAUUAUCAUUGCUGGAGGAAAUGGACCUGGCAAUCUAUCAAAUCAACUCUCUCUUCCUUCGAGUAUCUAUGUUGAUGAUGAUAAUCAAAGUAUUUAUAUUGCUGAUUGGUUAAAUGAUCGUAUUGUUGAAUGGAAAUAUGGUGCCAAGAACGGUGAAGUGGUUGCAGGCGGAAAUGGAAGAGGAAAUGGAACGGAUCAAUUGAAUGGGCCAAUAGAUGUAAUUGUUGAUAAAAAAAAUGAUUCCCUCAUCAUUUGUGAUCAAGAUAACAGACGAGUCGUACAAUGGUCUCGUCAAGAUGGUACAAAUGGACAAACAAUCAUUUCUAACAUUUAUUGUGAAGGUCUAACAAUGGAUAAUAAUGGAAGUCUUUAUGUUUCUGACAGAGAGAAUAAUCAAGUAAGACGAUGGGAAAUAGGAGAUACAAAUGGGACAAUAGUAGCAGGUGGAAAUGGAAAAGGAAAUCAUCUCAAUCAACUUAAUCAUCCUACCUAUAUCUUUGUUGAUCAAGAUCAUUCAGUUUAUGUGUCAGAUCUUAUCAAUCAUCGCGUGAUGAAAUGGAUGAAAGAUGCAAAAGAAGGUAUUCUUGUUGCUGGUAGACAAGAUAUGGGGGAUGGUGUGAAGCAAUUAUCUUUUCCCUAUGGAUUGAUUGUUGAUCAAUUGGGUCAUGUCUAUGUGGCUGACUCAGUGAAUAAUCAAAUCAUGCGUUGGUCAAAACGAUCGAAAAAAGGUUGUAUUAUUGUGGGUGGAAAUGGACACGGAGAACAACCAAAUCAGGUCAAAGCUCCCAGAGAUUUAUCCUUUGAUCGACAAGGUCAUCUGUAUGUCGUCGAUUGGGGGAAUCAUCGAGUACAAAAAUUUGAAAUCGAUUCAAAAUGACAUUGUUUUUUUGACGAUGAAAUGAACUGAGAAGAUCUUUUCUGUGGCGUUUGUUUUUUUUUGUUUUUGAUAAAAGAAUAAAAUUAAAAAGAAAAUAAUUUGAAUAGAAAGAAUAUUUCUUCUUUCUCUAUCUGCGUGUGUACAGAGAAACUGAGUUUAUCGAAAACACAAACGGGAUCACACCCACUGAUAAGGUAACCCAUACAUAUCCGUCAGGAUACGUAUGGUAUAAAAGACUUUCUCAGAAUAACUGCAUCCUCAACAAGGAGAAUUUCUCUGUGUCAGUUAAAGAAGACCCAAACAACAGGCUGUGAACAGUGGAAGAAAGAUUUUUUUUGUUAAUACAACGAACUAUGAUUACUGUUCCAAUCUAAUCAUAGUUCAUUGUAUUAAAUUAACAAGAGAAAGAAAGACUCAUCGGCAUUGAGUAAGCAAAUGUUCCACCGUUUAAUUUUGUAAACAAUCUUAAGAUUUAUCUCAAUGUAUAUGUCGCAGGAGCAAUUAAAGGGUGUGGGUGUGGGUGUGGGUAUUCUUUUUUCAUGAUUUAAGUACCCACACUGGACACCCACACCCACACCACCCACACCCACACCCAUACCACCCACACCCACACCCACACCCACACCCACACCCACACACCAACACCCCACACCCACAUCCCUACCAACACCCACAUCCCUACCAACACCCACACCCCACCCACACCCACACCCACCCACCCACACCCCAGCCACACCCAC